AUGAACGACGGAGCAACCACCGACAAAGCUGCCGCCGACAAAGCUGCUCACGACAAAGCUGCCGCCGACAAAGGACGAUCUCUCAGCUGUCCAUCGCUCCUGAAGGAAGAAAUCGCGACCAGCCACAAACGCUACGCCGAUCUCAACAAUCGGUACGAUCUACAGGCGAGCCAGAUCCAGCUACUGGCAACCAAUCAAGUAUCAACGACUACUCCCAAGACGAAGGAAGAGAUGAAAAGGGAACUCUGCGAGUGCCAACCUCGCAACCCCAACAAAUUCAAGGAGAAAACAAAAUCAGAUCUUGUGACGUUCGAGGCCAUCGCAAAUGAUAGUCACUACCAAUGGCACCUAUGCGAGCUUCAACACGGACGACCCCUGAAGUGCUCGCAAAUAGACAACUACAAAGACCACACUCGUCUGAGUCAGGUCAACAGUGACAAGCUCGCAGGGAGUGUUGGCACCAGCACCUUUAAUCACAACAGCGCCUACUGCAUGCAAUGCAAGUGCGAGGGAUCAUACUGCAUCGGCUAUACGCAGAUAUCAACCACGACCUUAAAUCGUCGAGGCGACCGCAAUCAAGACCGCAACGGUCGCAACACAAACGGAGCAAACGACCGCAUAUCUAUCCCCAAUAUUGAAAAGUGUAAUCUUUGGAACCUGGGUGUUUGCAAGCGCUAUCCAUAUCGCUACCGCCACGAAUGCAACAUCCAUGACUGCGAAACUCCCACGAAUGCAACGUCCAUGACUGCAAAACUCCAAAGAGCACAAUGCUAA